AUGGCACGGGUGACCUUCAGCCUGCUCGACCAAGAAGGGAACCCGGUGCCGGCCUACACGUUUACCACCCAAAUGUGCAACUUCUCAGUGAAUAAGUCACAGGGAUACGAGAACUUCAUCAGAAGGGUAGACCUAGAGCGAUCGGGACAUCUCACAGACGACUCCUUCUCCGUCGGGUGCUAUGUGGUUGUUACCAAGGAAGCUGCAGCGUCAUCCACUGCGGUGGCGCCGCCACCACCAUCGGACAUGCACCUACACUACGGCCAUCUCCUUUCGAGCAAACAAUAUACCGAUGUUGAAUUUCUAGUUGGAGGGGAGACAUUCUUGGCACACAGAUUGGUGCUCGCAGCACGAUCACCAGUUUUUAUGGCGGAGCUCUUCCCUCUAAUGAACGAGGUCACCGCCGCAGAGGAGGUGGUACAGAUAGAUGAUAUGGAGGCACAAGCUUUUAAGGCUCUACUUACCUUCAUUUACACUGAUACUUUGCCAGAGUUUAAUCAACAUGAGGAUGAUGAUGAGAUGACAAUGAUUCAACGUCUGCUUGUUGCGGCGGACAAAUAUAAACUACAGAGGUUAAAAUUGACAUGUGAAAAUAAGUUAUGCAGACAUAUUGAUAUAGGUUCUGUGGCAACCAUCUUGGUGCUAGCCGACAAGUACCAUUGUGAAGGGCUUAGGGAAGCAUGCUUCGAGUUCCUCAGCUCAUCCGCAACUCUGUCUGUGGUCGUGGAAACUGAUGGUUUUCUAUAUUUAACUCAGACGUGCCCAGCUGUUUUGAAGGAUCUAAUUUCCAAUAUUGUUGCUCAUCAAUUGGAGAGGACUGAUCCUUUUUCAGUGAACAAAUAA